CUACCGCCGCCUCAGUCGCCUCAGACUCGGUCGCCUCAGGCUCCGCCGCCGCCUCGACCGCCCCGUCGUCACCCGCUCUCCCUCCCCCCAGCGCGGCCCCACCCCGGGCUCCGGCCUGGCCCGCCGGCGGGUACGCCCUCAUCCGCAGACAGGGCUAUCUACAGAGAGAGAUAUCUUCACAUGGUUCCAUGUGAGCUCCGGACGGAGUCGCCCUGCCAGUCACCGGUCCCAGCUGUGAUGCUCUAGGUCUCAGUGCGUCCGACCAGCUGCUGUCUAUGGAUCUGCUCUGAUCCCUCGAGCCUGCUUAUGGGGGAAGGUGACGCUAUCUGGGCUCCGUCUGUCCUUCCUCACGGCGCCCUCGGCACCUUAAGCCACUACCCCCAGCUGCAUAUUGGGAGAAGGAUGGAGUCGAAGGUCUCAGAAGGUGGCCUGAACGUGACCCUGACCAUCCGUCUGCUGAUGCAUGGAAAGGAAGUUGGAAGCAUCAUCGGGAAGAAAGGAGAAACUGUGAAAAAGAUGCGUGAAGAGAGCGGCGCCAGGAUCAACAUCUCUGAGGGAAACUGCCCGGAAAGAAUCGUGACCAUCACAGGCCCCACGGACGCCAUCUUCAAGGCCUUUGCCAUGAUCGCCUACAAGUUUGAGGAGGACAUCAUUAACUCUAUGAGCAACAGCCCUGCCACCAGCAAGCCCCCCGUGACGCUGAGGCUGGUGGUCCCCGCCAGCCAGUGUGGGUCCCUGAUCGGCAAAGGCGGCUCCAAGAUCAAGGAGAUCAGGGAGUCCACAGGUGCCCAGGUCCAGGUGGCCGGGGACAUGCUGCCCAACUCCACAGAGCGGGCAGUGACCAUCUCGGGGACCCCCGACGCCAUCAUCCAGUGCGUCAGGCAGAUCUGUGUGGUCAUGCUGGAGUCCCCACCGAAAGGUGCCACCAUCCCCUACCGCCCAAAGCCCGCCUCCACCCCUGUCAUUUUUGCAGGUGGUCAGGUAAGAGCCGACCCGCUCGCGGCCUCCACUGCCAACCUCAGCCUCUUACUGCAGCCCCCGCCGCUGCCCGCCUACACGAUCCAGGGACAGUACGCCAUCCCCCACCCAGAUCAGUUGACCAAGCUCCACCAGCUGGCCAUGCAGCAAACCCCCUUUCCUCCCCUUGGACAGACCAACCCCGCUUUCCCCGGAGAAAAGCUGCCUUUACACUCCUCCGAAGAAGCUCAAAAUCUGAUGGGCCAGUCGUCAGGUCUGGACGCCAGCCCCCCGGCCAGUACUCACGAGCUCACCAUUCCCAAUGAUCUAAUAGGCUGCAUAAUUGGACGCCAAGGGACCAAAAUCAAUGAAAUCCGACAGAUGUCUGGCGCUCAGAUCAAAAUUGCCAAUGCCACAGAAGGGUCAUCCGAACGCCAGAUCACCAUCACGGGGACCCCAGCCAACAUCAGCCUUGCCCAGUACCUCAUCAAUGCCAGGCUGACAUCUGAGGUCACUGGGAUGGGCGCGCUCUAAUCCCGCCCGACGCUCUGCUCCGGGGACCCUGACCUGCACCGCUGCACACGCUGUACAGACCGCCCGCCCGCCGUCCGUCGCACAUACAAAUAGAGGUUUUCUUUGUUAACGGAGGUUACCUGUGCCACAGACGUACACACCCCGACAAAGCAGAUCGGUCGGAUACCCGUCAGCUCAGGCUCUGUCCCUGGUCCCUCUCUCGCACUUACGUUACGCUCGUGUGUUCGUGCAUCGGCAUGCCGUGUUAGUUCUUUUAAACGCUCUGGGGCGCUCCCAUCUGUGACGUUUUAGAAAUACUGCCCCUUAGUGUCCAUGUACCUGUUGAAGAAUUAGUUUGGCGUUUUGACAGCACUGCUCACAAGCCGUCUGUCCUAGACCGUCUAGACCGUGGCUGCUUUGAGCGGUUCGUCCCACUCAGCACCCCUCGGACUCUGCCCGCCCCCGCAGGCCUGUGCUCCCUCGGCCCCGGCCACGCAGGCUGCAUCGGGCAGGGGAGGGAGGAUGGAAGACAGGGUCCUGGGCCAGGGUGCAGGCGAGGUGGGGUGCUGGCGUCCGGACCACACUGAAUUGUCUGUCACGUGCUGGGGACGCACACGGGGACCCCCAGGCAUCUUCCGGGGGGCUGGCCAGGAAGCACCUCUGCACCAUGUUGGAGUUAAUAAACGUUCUGCGCUGUC